AUGCAUAAAGUUUCUGUUCUAGGGGCCGCCGGCCAGAUUGGCCAACCACUAAGUCUGCUUCUAAAGACUAGCCCAUUAGUGUCCGCAUUGUCUCUCUACGACAUUGUGCACGCCCCUGGUGUCGCCAUAGAUCUUAACCACAUCGACACCCCCGCGCCCGUCAAUGGUUUUCUCGCAGCAGACGAUGGUCUUCGUAAGGCAUUGACUGGCGCAGAUCUUGUCGUGAUACCUGCCGGCAUUGCUCGCAAGCCAGGCAUGACGCGUGACCAACUCUUCGAGACGAACGCUUCUGUCAUUCGUGAUCUUGUAACUGAGAUUGCUAAGGUGUGCCCCAAGGCAUUUGUUCUCAUAAUCACAAACCCUGUCAACAGCACUUUACCAAUUGCCGUUGAGACGCUAAAGAAACACAACGUCUAUGACCCCAAGAAGGUAUUCGGUGUUACUACCCUCGACGUUGUGAGGGCGUCUACUUUCACAGCUCAGGCACUCCAGAUCUCAGACCCUAAGUCCCUGAGAAUCCCCGUGGUGGGAGGUCACAGCGGUGCAACCAUUUUGCCUCUGCUAAGCCAGGCCAACCCUCUAGUCAAACUGACUGAUGAUCAAAGAGAUGCAAUCACCUACCGCGUCCAAUUUGGCGGCGAUGAGAUCGUCAAGGCCAAGGCCGGUGCAGGGUCAGCCACCACUUGCAUGGCAUAUGCAGGAUUUAGGUUCGUUCAGUCUAUCCUAAAGGCUGCUUCGGGGGAGAAGGGCAUUAAGGAGGAAUGCUAUCUGUACCUACCUGGCAUUCCAGGCGGAGACAAAAUAGCCAAGUCACUUGGUGUAGACUACUUUGCGGUGCCAGUUGAGUUUGGCGUUUCUGGAGCAGAGAAGGCACUGUCUGUUAGCGAAAUCUCUAAACAUGAAGAGACCUUGCUAGCUACCGCAAUAGCGGAGUUAAAGGGUAAUAUCCAGAAGGGCAUUGCAUUUUGCAGCUCGUAG